UAGGCUAGUUAGAUGUAAAUGAAACUCAGAAAAGUUGAUCGAGAACAGAUCUAGAAGACUAAACUGAUGUGGAGAAAGGUUUGUAUUUAUGGAUUCAAUUACAAAACACAGAGAGAGCUGUGACUGAAGCAAGAUAGAAUUUUUUUUGGGCGCAAAAAGAACUGUAGAGGGAUCAACUCGCAUCUUGUUCAAGCAAACUGGCAAGAAAAUGAGGAGAACAAUGGGAAUGUUUGACUUUGGCCAUGUGUUAUUAUUGCAUUUUCUCUCUCAACUGCUGUUGCUGCUUCUAAUCAAACCAUCAAACGCCACAGAAUUGGCUUCAAACCAAAGGAGAACUGGUGAAGUUGCAGGGUUGCUAGCCUUCAAGAGAUCCUCUGUUGAAUCUGAUCCAAAUGACUUCUUAGCCAACUGGACAGUCAAUUCCUCUAGUCCAUGCUCAUGGGUUGGCGUUUCUUGCUCUCUUGACGGCCAUGUAACCGCCCUCAACCUAAAUAACGCCGGUCUUAUUGGCAGCCUACAUCUCCCUGACCUCACUGCUGCCUUGCCAUUUCUCAGGCAUCUUAGUCUCCAAGGCAAUUCAUUCUCAGCUAGUAAUCUCUCUGCCUCCACUGCUACUCCCUGCGCUCUUCAGUUUCUUGAUCUCUCCUCCAACAACAUCUCUGAUCCUCUCCCAUCAAACUCCUUCAUUUUGUUGUGUGAUCGUCUGGCUUAUGUUAAUCUCUCUUACAAUUCUAUUCCUGGUGGCACUCUCCAAUUUGGUCCUUCUUUGCUGCAGCUUGAUCUCUCUCGCAAUCGUAUCUCUAAUUCGACCUUAUUGAACUAUUCUCUCUAUAGCUGCCAGAACUUGAAUCUUCUUAAUUUCUCAGAUAACAUACUCACAGGUCAACUUAAAGCUACUCCCAUUUCUUGCAGGAGUCUAUCAGUUUUAGAUCUCUCAUAUAAUCUGCUAUCGGGGGAGAUACCACCUACCUUUGUUGCAGAUUCUCCAUCGUCUCUCAAGCAUCUAGAUCUCUCUCACAACAACUUUUCUAGCAACUUCUCCCGGCUGGACUUUGGGAAUUGCAGCAACCUUUCUUUGCUCAGUUUGUCACAAAACAGACUUUUUGGAACUGGGUUUCCAAAUAGCAUGAGCAAAUGCGAGGUCUUGGAGACACUUGACCUCUCCCAUAAUGAGCUGCGAUUAUCAAUUCCUGGUGCCUUGCUGGGAAGGUUGAAGAAUUUGAGGCAGCUAUCUCUCGCUGAAAAUCAAUUCUUUGGAGAUAUUUCUCCUGAGUUAGCACAGACCUGUGGGAAUCUGCAGGAUCUGGAUCUAUCAGCGAAUAACAUUACUGGUGGCUUGCCACUGAAUUUUAUGUCAUGUUCUUCUUUGGAGAGUCUUAACCUUGGCAAUAAUCUGCUCUCAGGAGAUUUUCUCGCUACUGUUGUCAGUAAUCUUCAAAAUCUGAAGUAUCUCUAUGUACCAUUCAACAACAUAACUGGUCCUGUGCCGCUAUCUCUGACAAAUUGUACUCAAAUUCAAGUGCUUGACCUUAGUUCUAAUGGCUUUACUGGUAGGAUUCCUUCUGAGUUCUGCUCCUUGUCAAACCCCUCUAAGCUGCAGAAAAUACUUCUGGCCAACAAUUACCUAUCAGGGGAGGUGCCUUCAGAGAUUGGAAACUGCAAAAACCUGAGAAUAAUUGAUUUUAGUUUCAACGAUCUGCAUGGUCUGAUUCCCAGCGAGAUUUGGACCCUGCCCAGUCUUUCUGACUUGAUUAUGUGGGCAAAUAACCUUACAGGUGAAAUUCCAGAAGGUCUUUGCAUGAAUGGAAGCAAUCUUGAGACAUUGAUUCUCAACAACAAUCUCAUCACUGGAAGCAUUCCACAGUCCAUUGGCAGUUGCACAAAUAUGAUUUGGAUUUCACUUUUCAGCAACCAACUUACUGGGGAAAUCCCUCCCAGUAUUGGAAAUCUGGGUAACCUUGCUAUACUCCAACUGGGUAGCAAUUCACUCACUGGACAAAUACCACCAGAGCUUGGCAAGUGUCAAAGCCUCAUAUGGCUUGACUUGAACAGCAACAACCUUAACGGCCCCCUCCCGCCUGAGCUUGCAGACCAAGCUGGACUAAUUGUUCCUGGAAUUGUUUCCGGAAAGCAGUUUGCAUUUGUAAGAAAUGAAGGUGAGACAUCUUGUAAAGAAGCUGUAGGGCUUAUUGAAUUUGAGGGGAUUCGAGCAGAGAGUCUAGAAAAAUUUCUUAUGGUUCACUCGUGUCCAACCACCAGAAUUUACUCUAGCAUGACAAUUUAUACAUUUGAUAGCAAUGGCAGCAUGAUAUACCUUAAUCUCGCUUACAAUUCCCUGUCAGGGAAUAUCCCUGACAAGUUUGGUUCCAUGAACCAUUUGCAGGUCCUAAACUUGGGCCACAACAAGAUAACUGGAAAUAUUCCUGAUACUUUUGGAGGUUUGAAAGAAAUUGGCGUUCUGGAUCUUUCUCAUAAUAAUCUUCAAGGAUUUAUCCCAGCAUCUUUAGGGACUGUCUCAUUUCUUAGUGAUCUGGAUGUCUCUAACAACAAUCUCUCUGGUCCAAUCCCUAGUGGUGGUCAGCUUACCACGUUCCCAGCAUCCAGAUAUGAAAACAAUUCUGGCCUUUGUGGGUUCCCAUUGUCCCCUUGUGGCUUUGCAGGCAGCUCCCCAAAUUCUUACUUGCGACGAAAGAAGCAGUCUUUGAUAGAAGAAAUGGGUUUUGGCGUCCAAUUCUUUCUCACAUUCUCGGUCGCAUUUUUUAUCAGUUUCUUGGUCGCAUUUUUCAUCAACAUCAAAAUGGGCAAUGGCAAAGGGAAGACUGGAAGAGCACCUUGAACUUGCACCAUGGCUGGGGAAAUCCUAACACAAGCAUCACCAACGCCAUUUAGAAGAGAGUUUCCACUCGAUUUCUCGCUUUCUUCUUUAGUACGCAGGAAGGCUAAUGGGCCGUGGGUGGGUAGCCCAACACUAUCUCUAUCUUGGACUUGAUUGUAUUUGUAAUUGCCCUUUCUUUCCUCCA